CCGCCCACAAUAUACAUAGCUUCCCCGUUUGUGCAAAGCUUUUACGUUGUACAAACCAAAAGCCAAAGCAAAAAAGACAGUAACCGAAGCACAUGGAUGAAGAAAAGAGAAAAACCAUUUUAAACUGAAAAAAAAGGAAGGCUAGAAAUGGGAGAUAACGUUAACCUUAACAUGUUUCAUUAUAAGAAUAUCAAUAAUAAUUGCUAUAAUUAUAAUAAUGGGACGUGUUUACCUCCUCCUCCUUCUUCAGAUGAUAUAUCCAACCUUCUUCAUCAAAUUCUAGGUCAUUCUUCUUCUUAUUCUUCUUCGUCUUCGUCAUCUUCUGGAAUGGCCCACUUUGGGGGUCCAUCUGAGAAUCCACGGCGGUUAUCACCGUCACCAGCACCGCCCGGUGGUGGAGUGAAGCAAGGUGGAGGGUGGGGUUUGGUUGGAGCUCCUGGUGAGAACGAUACCGAUGAGUACGACUGUGAAAGUGAGUUUGAAAUUUGUCAUAAGCAGGAGGGUAUUGAAGCACUGGUGGAUGAGGCACUACCAAAGCCAGCUCCACCUCGUAGUUCCUCAAAAAGAAGCAGAGCUGCGGAGGUUCACAAUUUGUCUGAAAAGAGGAGGAGAAGUAGGAUUAAUGAGAAAAUGAAAGCAUUGCAAAACCUUAUUCCAAAUUCUAACAAGACUGAUAAGGCUUCGAUGCUUGAUGAAGCUAUCGAGUACUUAAAGCAGCUUCAGCUUCAAGUUCAGAUGCUAUCAAUGAGAAAUGGAUUAAGCUUGCAUCCAAUGUGCUUGCCUGGAGUUUUGCAACCACUACAGUUUUCCCAAACAAGAAUGAACUUUGGUGAAGAAAAUGGAUCUCUACCUAUGAACAUGUCGGAUACAGUACCAGCAAAUCCGGAAACCUCGGUGCAGAUGGUUUUUGAUCUACCCAACCAAUGCUGUUCCUCAAACCCUGGAUCAGUACCAAACAUGUCAAACAUAAUUACUUCGGAAACUUCAUUUGGAUUGGAAUCAAUCCAGGCUCAUUUUGGGCCAUUUCAGUUCCUCUCAUCAUCUCAGGAUAUUUGCAGGGAAGACAUUCUGCAUCAUCAUCAACUGAAGACAAACACACCAGAAUUUGGUCUAGCUGCAACAACCACAGUUUCACUUCCCUUUGAUACACGAGAAUCUGAUCUAAAGGAAAGCUGUUCUCUUGAUGCUAGUACGAUGAGAAGAGAGCAAUCAAACAGUGUACUCUUAAAGAAUUUGGACCAUGACCUUAUACUUUCUCCGCACCAUACCCGUAAGCAAGCAGGAAGAAGUGACACCGGUGAUGAAAUCGGGAUAGACACACCGAACUUCUGAAUCUUCCGGUUAACUAAGGCUAGCAUGUUAACAUUUCGGAUUUAUAUAGAGACAAUUACGGUCAGGUUUUGUGUCUCUUUUGUAUUUCUCACAAAGCCUCCAUAGAAACAUCCAGAAGUGGAUGAGUAGAAAUGCAGCAGUAGCCUCAGAUGUUUCUCACUGAAGUAAACUUUUUUUUCCUUAACCUUUUUCUUGGGUAAAUUUAGCAGCUGCUACUUACUUUUUCUGAUAAUUUUCUAUCAUAAUUUUCUUGCUCAAUCAUCUGUAAUUUACAUGGGAAAAAAAAAACUCAACUGAUAGUAAUUCAUAGUUCUUGCUUUCUUGAACUAAA